GAGCUUGUUCUGAUUUUGUAACAUCAGAUACUACCCAUCUCCGCUGUCGGCAGCCCAGGUUCAGCAAUGAUGCUGUGAAGUCACCCGUUCUUUUCUUCUCUCUUUUUUUCAUAUCUGGAGGCUCGGCCCAACCUCGGAUAUCAUCGGUAUUCAGGACUUCGGUCCAAACACGCUGAGAAAAGGAAGCAUCGUCAACGAUACUCGACUGGCUUUUUUCCUCACUUCAUUCGCUUUUCACGAUGGGUCUCUUAGCUCUUGGAACGGCACUGGAUUGGCCAGACGCCAAGAAACACGCCGACCAGGUCCGCGAGUGGGGCAUCAAGCAACUACUGGAGAUAUGGAACAAGGCCAAGGGCAAAGAGGCAGAUGCCAUGCUAUGGGGUGAUCAGGUCGAGUAUCUUGUAGUGGUAUACGCAAAGGACAAGGAUGAAGUGCUAUUGUCCCUGAGACAGGCAGAUAUUCUCGAAGCCCUGGCUACCGACAAAAAUCUGACCGCUCAGGGCGGGUGUGUUCCGGCUCUCCAAGAUGUCCCUGGGAUGAGUUCAAAUGAGCCUCUACCAGUGUUCCAUCCCGAGUUCGGCAGAUUCAUGCUGGAGGCGACACCAGGCAAGCCUUGGGGCAUCGAGUUUAGGGAACUUCUCAACGUCGAGCCAAACAUGAUCUUGAGGCGAGUCAUCGCGAAAGAUCACAUGCGCUCAGAUGAGUACCCUAUCACCCUGACGACAUUCCCGAUGAUCGGCCGCCCUGGGGUCUUCACCGACCCGCACUACCCAGUGUCGGGCUCUAAGCUGCGCUCGCAAUUUGUGCCUGAUGAGAUCGCGAAUCCUCACAUUCGGUUUCCCACCCUGGCUGCGAACAUUCGGUGGCGGAGGGGCAGGAAGGUGCAGGUGAACGUGCCCGUAUUCAAGGACAAGAAUACGCCCUGGCCGUGGAAGGAUCCGACGGUCAACUAUGAUCUGCACACAUGGCCCGAGGACGACGACGUGAGGAACGGUGCUGCGCCGGACAACUUCAUCCACAUGGACGCUAUGGCCUUCGGCAUGGGAAGCUGCUGUCUGCAGAUCACAUUCCAGGCCAAGAACAUCACAGAGGGCAGGAAGAUGUACGAUCAGUUGAGUCCUCUCGGGCCGAUCCUCUUGGCAUUGACGGCGGCGACACCCAUCUACAAGGGCUUUCUGGCCGACACAGAUGUGCGGUGGAACCAGAUCAGCCGCGCUGUAGAUGACCGAACCCUGGAGGAAAUGGGAGAAAAGCCACUUAAAAAUGAUCGCUGGCGCAUCCCCAAGUCCCGCUAUGCCUCGAACUCGACGUACAUCUCCACCGACCAUCGUCUCCGGCCUGAAUAUCUGGAUCCCGAUCUGGUGAUUGAUGAAUCGAUCAAGGCCAAGCUUAUGGAGGGAGGGAUGGAUGACCGGCUCGCCACGCAUUUUGCUCACCUGUUUAUCCGUGACCCCAUCGUUAUCUUCAAGGAGGACCUCGAGCACCUGGACAUGACCAAGACGGACCAUUUUGAGAACAUCCAGUCGACCAACUGGCAACACAUGCGCUUCAAGCCACCACCUGCCGGCAGCGACAUUGGGUGGCGCGUUGAGUUCCGGCCUAUGGAGAUCCAGGUCACAGACUUUGAGAAUGCUGCGUUCGCGGUCUUUAUUGUUCUAAUCACGCGAGCCAUUCUGUCGUUCGAUCUAAACUUUUACAUUCCUAUCGCCAAGGUGGAUGAGAACAUGGAGACGGCACACCGCAAAGACGCUGUUCUGAACGAGAAGUUCUACUUCCGAAAGACGCCCUUCACAGCUCGGACACCACGCGCCAGUGGGACAUCAACGCCGAACCACUUACAUGCUGCUGGUGGGUUCAGCAGACCGCCGACGCCGCUGGGACCCGUCGAGGACGAGUAUCGACUGAUGACCGUAAACGAGAUUAUCAACGGGACAGCCGCAACCAAUGGCGCCGACGAUGUUGACGACGAGGGCUUCCCGGGUCUCAUACCGCUCGUCGAGAGCUACAUCGACAGCGUCAACAUGGAUGUUGUGACCCGAUGCGAGCUGGCAACGUACCUCGACCUCAUCCGGAAGCGUGCGAGCGGUGAACUCUGGACCGCGUCCAAGUGGAUCCGUGAGUAUGUGGCUGGCCACCCCAGCUACAAGUUCGACAGUGUCGUGCCGGAAGAGAUCAACAAGGAUCUUGUCGGCGCCGUGAUCGAGGUCGGGGAAAGGGAGUGUGGCGGAAAGGGUUUCGAGGGGCUGGAUCACAUCCCUGGUUUUGAGAAUUUGCUGGGCAAGUUUCGCCGCGGCGGGUGUCGCUGAGGUGGCAGCAAUGGCCUUGCUGUCUGAUGAAACAGGAAUUCUGAGGAUAUGAGCUUCCUUGGUCUUCGAAAGUCUUGGGAACAGGACCUACGUCCCUUGCCCCUUUGGAGCACAACUGGCAUUGGCGAGUCGAGGCAGUGAGACUGGCGCUUGUGUGGCUAUUUCGCCUGUAUGGGAGUGGUCUGCGGCAAUGAUUAGACAUGAUAGACUUACUUACGCAACCAACAGCAAAUGAAUCGUUUCCUCGUGC